UUAUUUUUCUCACUUACUUUAUUUACACGGUGCCACCGGCAUACACUCGUAUAUAUAUAGGUGCUUAAGUUCAGUAUACACCUAACAACCAACCAAAGUAACAAGGUGAUGGUGUCCUCUCUCACAAAAUCUCUCAUCAUUCUAUGUCUCCAUCUUCAUUUCCACAUCUUCUUCGUGUUCUUCAUUGUCCACUCUGCCUCCAAGAACACCACUGAACAAAACAAUCAAGAAGCUACAACACUACUCAAAUGGAAAACCAUCCUCCAUAGCACUCACCCCAUUUCACCUCUCCUCUCCUGGAAACCAUCUAAUUCCAAUUCUUCAUCAUCAUCUUCUUCACCGUGUCAAUGGGAUGGAAUCACCUGCAACAACCAUGGAAGUGUCAUAGACAUAAACCUCAAGAGCUCUAGCCUAACAGGUAAUCUCCAAAGCCUUGACUUCUCAUCAUUUCCACACCUUCUUGGACUUAAUCUCCAAAACAACUCACUCUAUGGAACCAUUCCAUCCUCCAUAGCCAACCUUUCCAAGCUCACUUACCUUUCUCUGGGUCGAAACCAACUCCACGGUCCAGUCCCCGAUUCGAUCGGACUCAUCCGUAACUUGAAUGUUCUUCGUCUCUUUGGAAACUAUCUCUCUGGAACAAUCCCACCCUCCAUUGGCAACUCGACAAAGCUCACUUACUUGAGAUUGCAUUACAAUGAGCUAUCUGGCUCUGUACCUUCAGAGAUUGGAAAGCUAAGUAAUCUUUAUCUUCUGACUAUGUUUGAAAACAAACUCAGUGGGUCUCUUCCUUUAUCAAUGAACAAUCUUACCCAAUUGAAGAGACUUUUUGUGGGUGAAAACAAUUUUAGUGGCUAUCUACCUCAAGAGAUUUGCCAUGGUGGGUCAUUUGAAAAGUUGACUGCUGCUAACAACCAUUUUGUGGGUUCAAUCCCAAAAUCCUUGAAAAAUUGUUCCAAAUUGAUGAGACUUAGGCUUGAAAAGAACCAAUUAGCGGGUAACAUAUCAGAGGAUUUUGGGGUGUACCCAAAUUUGGAGUACAUUGAUUUGAGCUAUAAUGAGUUCUAUGGGGAGCUUUCUUGGAAUUGGAGGUAG